AUGGGAAGUGCACUCAGCGGCGGGAGGAGGGAUGGCCGGCGGCUGGCGGAGGAGCGGGAGCAACUGCGGGCGAAGGUAGCGGCGCUGGAGGAGGAGCUGAGGGAGGCGCGCAGCGCCGCGGCGUCGAGGGCCGAGGCGUGGGAGGCGGAGCGGCGGGAGAGAGGGGAGGAGACAGGGUGGCUGAAGGAGGCCGCGCCGUCCAGGGGAGGCGGCGACGAGGCGGCGGCUGAGGAGGAGGCGCGGCGGGAGGAGGUGGUCGGGAAGUGGAAGCUGCUCUACCUCGCGAUCAAGACCGAGCUCGACGAGCUCAUCCAAAGGACUCGACAAGAGAGAUCUUUCAUCGGAGCGGAACAAGGUCCGAUCGAGCAACUCCAGAGGGAGGUGAAGGCAAAGGAAGACGCGAUGGGGACGCUAACGUCGCGCGUCGAGGCAAUGGAGCGGGAGGCUUCGAGACGAGACCGGGAGAUCGACAUCUUGAAGCAAAGCUUAAGGAUUCUAAGCAACGGCAAGAAGAGCCGCGUCGGGAAGAAUCAAAUUCAUCAGGGACUCGUGUGUCGUAGAUGAGGAAGCAGCAGCGUUAACUCGAUGUUCUUGUGGCAUUUAACAGAAGAAUUAAUUAAAUCACAAAAUUACCGAAUUUUUUAUAUCAAAAAUAUUUUCCUUAUUUACACGGUAUGAUUGCCACCGCAGAGGAUGAUUUG